GAGCACAAACCUCUAGGAGCAACUGGGAGAGCUGUGGCCAGGAGCUGUCACCAUGUCGGAGAAAUUUGAGGUCAAAGACCUGAACAUGAAACCAGGGAUGUCCCUGAAGAUUAAAGGCAAGAUCCACAAUGAUGUGGACCGCUUCCUCAUUAACCUGGGCCAGGGGAAAGAAACCCUCAACCUGCAUUUUAACCCUCGCUUCGAUGAAUCCACCAUUGUCUGUAACACCAGUGAAGGUGGCCGCUGGGGACAAGAGCAACGAGAAAAUCACAUGUGCUUCAGUCCAGGGUCAGAGGUCAAGAUCACCAUCACCUUCCAAGAUAAAGACUUCAAGGUGACGUUGCCUGACGGACACCAGCUGACCUUCCCCAACAGGCUGGGCCACAACCAACUGCACUACUUGAGCAUGGGUGGGCUCCAGAUCUCCUCCUUCAAACUGGAGUGAGCGGCACCUCAGAAGACCUUAGCCCCCAGAACCAGCUUCAGCCAGCCCUCCAGCAAGCCCCCACCAGAACCACAGCCUUUAGGGUCUGUGCUUUUCCCCAAGGUCAAGGUCAAAUAAAAGAAUCCACAUUUAUUAUUUCCACAGCAA